GGUGGGACUCCCUCCUCCCGCAGCCCGGAUUAAAAAGCAGCUCAGACACAUACACGCAGUCCGUCUGUCUUCCCAGAGCAGCCUCCCCACCCCGCCGGGUCGGGAAAGCUCGGCCUCGCUGGUCCGGCCACUGCGGCAGCCCCUGGCAGCCGUGCAGGAUGGUGGUGUGCAGCCUGGCCUGCUGGCGCUGCAGGUGGCUCCUGCCCCUGCUGCUGGGCCUGGCCAUCAUCAUGGGCAUCAUCGCACUGGCCGGCCGGGGCUGGCUGGAGUCGGAGUCGGCGCCCUACGUGCACCAAGCGUCGCUGUGGGAGAGCUGCACGCGGGGCGAGCAGGACCUCAACUGGAGCUGCGAGUCCCUCAUGGACUACGGAUGGGGGAGAGCAGCAGCUGCCACAUACCUUGUUGGCUUUGUGAUCUUGGUCAUCUGCUUUGCCCUGGCAGUCAUAGCAUUCUCGGUCGAAAUACUCCGUUUCAACUUUGUGCGAGGAAUCGGAGGCUUGCUAUUUGUUGUUGCUGCAUUCCAGAUUAUAGGCUUGGUCAUCUACCCAGUGAAAUUCACAGAAGAAAUUCCUUUAACAGGAGAUAAUAUGUUCAGCUGGGCCUAUGGUUUUGGCUGGGCCAGCACUGUUGUUGUGAUUGGCUGUGCUUUCUUUUUCUGCUGCCUCCCCAAUUGGGAAGAUGAAGUCCUGGGAAACAUCAAGCCUACUUACUACUACUCCUCCCCAGAUAAAGCACCAUACUUAAAUUGAAAGAAUAAAUCCAAGUACAGUCAACCGUCAAAGCAACAGAAGAACUCCUCUACUGUAAAUUUUGGUGUAGUUAUGACAAACUGAAAAAAAAAAUCUUAUUUCUCCAAAUUACUUCUUUAGUACUGGUAAUGAAUUAGUGAAAACAUUGGCAUCUUUAAGCAAAUAGCUUUUACCUAAAGUGUUAUUUACAUAUUUUCAUGUCAGUUCUGUUUGGGUGGGUUAUUGGCUCCUUCCCCUCCUAACUAAUUGAGUCAUCCUUAAUUUAUUCAAACAUUUGCUUACAAAUAAAGAUGUAGUGUUUCAAGUAUAGAAAGGAAGAGGAGAGAUUUUAAACAACCCAUUUGGGGGACCUACAAGUUAUUUUGUUUUAUUAUUCCACCUCUGACAAAACUGCAUGAAACAGAACCAGAAGAAAUGCCCUUCCAAAGAAUGCUUUUUCUUCCAUCAAAGUCAGUCCCAAGAAAGGAAUUUCAGCUGAGUGUAUUACAGACACAUGGUGCCUAAGAAUGUCUUCUCAUUCCUGUUACUGGACUAUUGUUGACUAUUAACCAUUUGAACUAAGGGGAAAUUAAAAUUAAAAUUUAUUUUUCCACCAACUGUUGCAGUUGGAUGGAGAUCUCUAAAGCAUGGAGCUAAUGUGUGUAUAAUGAUGACUAGCGUAACACUGGUGUUUUUGUGGAGGCUGCAGGACUUGUGAUGGAGCCACAUAAUUUCAUAUACAUUGUCCCAGAAAGAACCAGUAUAUCCUCAGAUGUUAAACCACAUGUGUUUUUAUGUAGUAUUUGAGAGAUGCUGGUUUAGAAAAUAUCUUUGAGUGGAAACAUAUGCUGUUCUUUAUGUCCUUUACCCUCUUAAAACAGCCAUGUUUUACUUAUCAGACAUGCUUUGGAGGGAAAUUUUAGCCUAAGGUAUCAAAAACCUCCAGAAGUUUCUAAAGCACACUGUAGGUGCUCCAGAGUUUAGUGAACUUAAUGGGUUUUUUUGAGUUACUAGGGAGAACAGGUAAAAAGAGAAAAGCAAAAGCAAUUCUGUGAGCAAUAUAUGUGUGCAAACUCCAUAUAGACACAUCUCUCAAGGAAUAAUCUGAGGGGCUUCUACCUUGUGGUUCUGGACCCCGUGAUUCAAAAUGAGUAAUCCAAUGAGACAGCUCUGUCUUUAUUGGUCAUGGAUCUCCUGCACCUUACAGCAGAUUUAAUUAUGAUCUAUAAUCUUUGUCAGAACUUUGGGUGAGGAAGAAGAAGGAAGAGUCUCAUCUGGGAAGCUCUUCUUCCAGCUGUGGGAGAAGUAGUUUUAGUAGAGAGAGAUUUUUGAAUGGGGUAUAGGUAUGGGUAUAGGUAUGGUGGAAAGUAACUGCUGUCUGUUACACGGUGUAACAAGCAGUUAGGAACUCCUUUCCUGUUAUGACAAACCCAAUACUUAAGAGAGAGUAAGUGUGUGGGUCUAUAUAUUUAUGCACAUGUGCAAAAUAAAACUUAAUGAAGCAUUAACCAGCAUACUGUAAAACUAAAGUACUUCAGAACUAAGCUCUUUCAAUGCCCAAUAUGUCUUGUAUUAUAUAUUGUAUAUCUUUCUGUUUUGUAACACCUUUUUUAAUUUGGUAAUGCUGUAUAUUGUAUGUGAUCCUGUUUUGGAAAGGCGAGGUGACUUCUCAAGGUACCUUCCUGUAUUUUAUAGUUUUACAGAACAUAAAAAUCUGCAGACUUCAGAGCUGUGUUACAAGCUCAGUCAUGGCAUAUACAUUCAACUGUAUUUAUGAUUCUUGCUGAAGAGGAGAAUCCUGUGACAGAUAGGUCUUUUUUUUUCUGUACAGUACUGGCUUGCUGGGAAUACUGUAUAGACUUAUCUGUAUUAUGAGUAACGAUAGUACCUAGCUUCCUAAUGAAUUCAAAACACAGAAGAGAAUUCCAACUCUGGAAAAUCCUUGCACAACUAAAACUGAGAAGGAUAGAAGACAAAAGAAAAUGGACAUCCUUCCCAAUAAGAAGAAUGAUAGCAUGGUAAUAGUGUUUGGCAUAAGUUAAGUCUUUUGUAUGUUUUUUAUAAGCGUUGUCAUAACUUGUCAAAAAGCAUAAAUGUAAAAUAAACUUGGUUCUGAAUGUACUGGGAGGGGUAGAAGCAUAACCAGCAUGUUACACAAUUAAGAUAUUCGUCAGAAAGCUAUUGCAAAUGGUCAUUAAUUACUCUCAAGUGAUGUUAAUGUCUGUGGCACUCCUUUCAAAUAUGGUGGCUUAAUUAAAGCUGUUUUAAUUGAUA